GAGUUGGGGAGCGUACAGAGUAGACAGAGCAGCACAACAGGAGCUGGCAGGCUAACUGCUGGGGGAAGGGUAGAGCUGAGAGCGAAGGAAUUGAAGGAGGAAAGAAAGGGGGGAGAGGGAAGUGUGGUUUUGGCAAGACUCCUUGCAGAGAUGGUUAGUUAGGGUGGGAGGAUCAAGAACGCACCAUAGAGGAGGAGUUGUUUUGUGAAGGAACUGCAGCUCUUUUUUAAUCCCAGUGAAUUUGUGUAGCGCGCGGUGCCCAAGCUAAACCAUGCACACAGACUGGGUGCUGUUGUGGCUCUGGACAUGCUGGCUGGGCCUUUAUUGCCCCACUGAGGGGCAGAAGCAGGCGAGGCCUGGCUUGGGGCAGAACUGCGAUGGGACAUUCGGGGGGCGGUGUGACACCAACCUGACCUGCCUGCCUGUUUACGUCUAUGACUAUGAAUCGGGCACUGGAGUCUGCAGUCCGGCGACCCUGGCCCCGGGCUGCAUCCCCUGCUCUGAAGUGAAGUGUCCCCGGGGGAAACGCAGAUGCCCGAGGGCACAUGUGACGGACCCGUGUGGCUGCUGCUCUGAUUGUGCUCGUCAGAGGGGCCAGGUGUGUGGGGGCCCACACUGGGAGAGGGGGUACUGUGACGGGGGCCUCACCUGUGCCAUGCUUCUGGGACAAGCACGUGCCAUGCCCCCACAAACCGGUGUCUGCAAAGUGCUCCCUGGGAGGCAGCCAGAUGCCCUAGCAGAUCCACUGUGUCCCUGGGUGUGGGGGUGCAAUGUGAGGGUCGGAAACUGCGAUUGCUAUGGCGUGCAGACCUGCCGCAGUUACUUCUCCUACCACAGCCUAGAGGACUGCAGGAAAUCACUUUGGGACUUUGAGCACUAUAUUCCUGGGGAGGAUGAGCUGGAUAAAGAGGAGCCAUGUUGGGAGAAGAGCUGUGAGGUGGAAGAAGGCCAGUGCAUGUGUUAUUGGAGGAUCUGUAAUCCUCACAUUCCCCCCAUCUCUAAAGAAGCCUGUGAAGACCAGCUGAGACGGGGCAAAUGCUAUAAUGUCAGUUGCCCCGAGGUCCCACUUCCUUCCUGCCCCUCGGACUCCUUCUUGAGUGAGCCCUACACGCCACCAGACCAUUGCUGUCCCCUGCUGCCAGCAGCAUGCACUUGCAACUUUGAGACCUGUCCCUCAAAGCCACCCAAAUGCCCCCCAGGCCAGUAUGCCCACCAGCUCACCAGGGGCAACGGUCGUCCAGGCACCUGUUGCCACCGUUACUUGUGUGUACCACGGCAGAGCCAGCUGGACAAUGAGAAGAGGGAUGAGAAAGAGGACUGAACACAUGACCACACACCAAGCUGGACUAACUCAAAUCCUGCCAAGUAUACAGUGCAGUCACAUUGCCUGACUAUAGUUUUCUUCAUGCUCACUUGCAAUAAGUAGUAUUAUUAGUUAUUAUUCUCACCAUUAUUAUUAUUAUUAUUAUUAUUA